AUGGUUCUCGGUCCCUUCUCCCCCAGCGCCAUCCUGACGCGCCUGUGGACGCGACACCAACGCCACGAAGAAGCACGAUCACAGCGAACGCGAGAGAGGAUGGGUUCGACCAAGUUCUUCGGCUCCCAGGUCGGCGGCCAGACCGUCAUCAACUAUGCCUACACCGAUCUCCCGUCGAGAUUGAUGACCUGGGACAUCUACUACUUCUUCUACUACUCCUGGGCCCUGCCGUGGAUCGUCCUGCCCCUGACGCCCUCGGACUCGGGCGAUCUCGACGAACUGGCCGUGACGCCGCAGAACAUCUUUUGCAUUGCGCUGCACUUGAUCCUGUUCAUCCUGCAGCUUGUCUUUGUCCUGUCUCUGCCCGCGGCUCUCUUCUUCCCCAUCUGGAUGGCCGUCGCCUGCUGGGGGGCUUUCCUCGUCUUCAACUGGGCCUUUUGCCUGCUUCUGAACGGCCCCGACAUUGAGUACCACUCUGACGAGAAGUUUGCCGAGGCCCGUCCCGAGCACGCACACGAGCAAUGGGUGUUUCUCAACGGCGUGGCUGUCGGCGACCACUGGAUGAAGAACAAUCUCAAUCGACUGGCGUUGACCUUCCAACGUCCCAUCCUCGGCAUCCACAACCAGACGUCCGGCAUCAUCUUUGACGUCUUCGAGUGCCUCAUCCAACGCAAUUUUGGCUACGCCACGUAUGACGUGCGCAUGGCCUACCGCAUCCUCAAGGACAAGCUGUACGACCCGCAGUAUUCCAAGGUCAUCUUCAUCCUGCACUCGCAGGGCGGCAUCGAAGGCGGACUCGUGCUCGAUUGGCUGCUGCAAGAGCUGCCCCAGGACCUGCUGUCCAAGAUUGAGGUCUACACCUUUGGCAACGCCGCCAACCACUUCAACAACCCGCACCGUCACGUCUUUUCCCAGGCUCUCGCCCAGCAGGACCCGGCUGCCGCCGUGACCAUGACGACGACCGAGACGACGCAGCCGACGCCCGAAAGCAGCCCCAUCUCGCCGCUGACGAAGGCUCCCUCGUUCGACCGCCGCUCGACAAGGUCCCGCCUAGGCGACAUGGCAAACGGCAAGGCCAUGACGAACGGCGGGUCCAGGACCAACAGCGAGUCCAAGACCAACGGCACGCCCGAGACAAACGGCGCGCCCAAGACAAACGGCGAGCCCAAGACGGACGUCUCGUCGACGCCACGUUCGAGCGGCCCACCGAGCCUGCGUAAAGACGUCUCAUCCCUGACGUCAACGCGCACAUCGACCGCCGCGCAGGACCGCGCCCUCGGCCACGUCGAACACUACGCGCACACGACCGACUUUGUGGCGCUCUGGGGCGUGCUGCAUUUCUGCACCUCGCUCGCCGCGAACCGCACGAUGCCCCGCUACAUCGGCCGGCUGUUCGUCCGCGCGUCGGAGCGAGGCGGCCACCAGUUCUGCCAGCACUACCUCGACGGCAUGUUUCCGCUUGAGAGAGACCCCGUGACGAACAAACUGACGCGGUGCGCCGAGGAAAACGAGUUUAUGGAGAGCGAAGUACAGGUCGGUACCGAGGGCGCGGCGGGGCAGAACGCCCGGGAGGCCUUUGAGAUCUCGUGGCUCGGUGACACGGGGUUCGGCAGCGGCGAGGUCGGAGAGCAGGUCGAGGUGCACGGAGAUCAGGUCGGCAGGCACCGGCGUAAGGGCGUCGUCAAGGUCAAGGAUCUUUCGCGGCUGUGGAUGUACCGCAACGGCAUGUCACCGCCCGACGGGCCACCGCUGCUGAUCCGCGAGAACGGCAUCAUACGGAACGCGACCAUGUAG